UCCCCCCAAAGAAUGUCCGCCAAGUCCAAGGGGACCACCUCCUCCUCCUCCGCCACCUCCUCGUCCGUGUCCUCUCCAGCCGAAGGGGCGCCGGCAGCGGCAGCAGGAGCCUCCAAAGCCAAGGUGAAGGAGCAGAUCAAGACCAUCGUGGACGACUUGGAAUUAGUCCUGGGGGACCUGAAGGACGUGGCCAAGGAACUGAAGGAGGUGGUUGAUCAGAUUGAUACACUGACGUCAGACCUGCAGCUAGAGGAUGAGAUGACUGACAGUUCAAAAACAGACACAUUGAACAGCAGCUCAAGUAGCACAACAGCAUCAAGUUUGGAAAAAAUCAAGGUGCGUGCCAAUGCACCACUCAUCAAGCCUCCAGCCCACCCAUCUGCCAUUCUUACAGUCCUAAGGAAGCCCAAUCCACCACCACCACCUCCACGGUUGACUCCUGUGAAGUGUGAAGACUCUCACCGGACAGUUAUCUCUGCCAACCCUGUAAAGACUAAUGGGACUCUGCUACGAAAUGGAAGUUUACCAGGAGGACCAAAUAAAAUUCCAAAUGGAGAUAUAUGUUGUAUACCUAAUAGUAACUUGGACAAAGUUCCGAUGCAACCUCUGAUGCACAGAUCUGAGAAAGACAGGUGUCCUCAGCCUGGAACACGAGAACGGGUACGAUUUAAUGAAAAGGUGCAGUACCAUGGCUAUUGUGCUGAUUGUGAUGUUCGGUAUAAUAUUAAAAAUAGGGAGAUUCACUUGCACAGUGAACCUGCCCACAUGCCGGGAAAGCUCCCUCACCAAUGUCCUCCCUUACCACCACCACCUCCUCCACUUCCUCCUUUUCCAUUAGAAAAUGGAGGGGUGGGAAUAAGCCCUAGUAGUAGCUUUCCUCCUCUCAGACCUGCAACUGUGCCUCCACAAACUGCACCAAAACCCCAGAAGACCAUUUUGAGGAAAUCGACCACUACAACAGUGUGAUGUAUCCCACUUGGAAAACUCUUUGUUUUUUCUUAUGUAUAAACAUACAAAAAAGGUAACGAGCACUUUCUACUCAAGCAAUAAAAAGCCCAAAUAUAUUACACCCUUUCUUCUAUGAAGUGGCAUAAAAAUAAUGUGCUCCUUCGGGCUAGGAGGGAUGUCAACAUUUGGAGGCAUGUUAACCAGUUUCUCCCAUGACAGUUCGACAGUGCAACUUCUUUCAGGCCAUAUUUGAUUAUAACAACAGGGGCCCUCCUUAGAGCAUGGAAACCCUAGAGCCAGAGCACAACUGAUCACUGGUGUAAUCUGCAUUAAACCACCAGCCUCAUGUCCAACAGCAACGAGCUGAGCCCUGACAAAAGCCACAGCCUUAAGUACCAUUCGCUCUGACAGAGGAAGAAAGAGGAGUUACCCCAUCACAGAAGCAGCCAUCUCCAAGAUCUGCUGUUCAGUGCUAAGAAAUCAAGGACACUCAACAGUAAUUACGUGGGUCCAGCCAGUGUCCCAAAAUGUGUUUAAAUAUAUGUAGCUAAAUGAACGUUUAAGCACUUAAUUGACUCCAGAGAAAUCAAUGCAUUUAUUCCCAAGAAGAGAAAUUAUCAACUUGGGUGGAAAAAUAAGAUCAUGGUUGUCCCUUGUGCAAAUUCAAAGCCAUAGAAGAAGAGAGGAUCAAUGAUGCUAAAAUGCUUGGAAAUAUAUUGUUUCCUGUCCUCUGCUGAAAUAUUCAGCUGUUACAGAAUGCAUCUCAAUGCACUUCUAAUAUUUGCACUGUCACGUCCAUUCAGGGGAAUGAUGUAGGCCAUCAUUUGCACAGAUGGCCACAUGAAAUUUUAGCCCAUGCAAAGAUGUACCUUGAGGGGCUUCUAGAGGAAAUGAAAUAAAAUCUAUCUACAAAAAUGAAGAAAAUUUAAUGCCCUUCUGUCCCUUCAGAGAGUUCUUUCUCACAAGGCAAAUUAUUGCUCCUUAAGACUGAGAUGAUAAAAAGCAUCAACAGGCUAACAUGGAUUUUAGAAGAGAUCUAAUUUUUAAUACAUUUUUGUAUCAUUGUAACAACAAAGAAAUGGACCUAUACAACUCACAUGUUCCUAAUGAACAUUAACAUUAUCCUCCCAGUUAAUACAAGGAAGAGAGAGAGAAAGCAUUUGUACUACAUAUUUGACGCAUAACAUUUUUCUAGGCAAUUAUCUGUCCUUCAUGGAAAAUGUACCAGCUAAACAGGCCUUUUCAGUUUAUUUUUCUAAAUAAAUGUGGUGUUUGUAUCCUUUGCAAUCACUUACUUUUGCUGAUUUCUGUUAUUCACCUCUGUUUUGCCCCUUUCACCCUCCUUCACCAAAAAAGGGAGAUUUAAAGACAAGAACCAAAACAUUUGUUUUGCCAUGUUAAAUCAUAAUGAUUUGCAGACUGAAAGCUUUAAUAUAAAAUGUUGUUUGUAGAAUUA